GAAACGAGAGGAAUACUGCAAGGGAGGAAGAGGGAGUCAUAGGGAGAGAAUACGGUCAAACACACAAUAGCAUCAUGGCACCCAUUGGACUCAAGGCGGUGGUCGGUGAAAAGAUUAUGAACGAUGUCAUCAAGAAGGUGAAGAAGAAGGGGGAAUGGAAGGCGUUGAUUGUGGACCAGCUGAGCAUGAGGAUGCUAUCCUCCUGCUGCAAGAUGACAGACAUCAUGUCAGAGGGCAUCACCAUUGUGGAGGACAUAAACAAGCGGCGAGAGCCUCUUCCCACCCUGGAGGCCAUUUACCUGAUUACCCCCACGGACAAGUCUGUGCAGACCCUAAUUGGAGACUUCAAAGACCCCCAUUCAGCCAAAUACAAAGCAGCCCACGUCUUCUUCACUGACUCCUGCCCAGACCCACUUUUCAACGAGGUAGUGAAGAGCCGUGCCUCCAAAUCCAUCAAGACCCUGACCGAGAUCAACAUCGCCUUCCUGCCCUACGAAUCGCAGGUGUACUCUCUGGACAACCCGGAUGCCUUCCAAAGUUUCUACAGUCCCCAUAAGACCCAGCUUAAGAACCCAGUGAUGGAGAGGCUGGCAGACCAGCUUGCCACCCUGUGUGCCACCCUGAAGGAGUACCCUGCUGUCAGAUACAGAGGGGAGUACAAAGACAAUGCCACCCUGGCCCAGCUGUUGCAGGACAAACUGGACGCCUACAAGGCAGAUGACCCCACCAUGGGAGAGGGUCCCGAUAAGGCUCGUUCUCAGCUGAUCAUCCUGGACAGGGCUUUUGACCCCGUCUCCCCCGUCUUACAUGAGCUCACCUUCCAGGCCAUGGGCUACGACCUGCUGCCCAUCGAAAAUGACGUCUACAGAUAUGAUUCCCCUGGGAUGGGAGACACUUCUCAGAAGGAGGUCCUGCUGCACGAGGACGAUGACCUGUGGGUGGGGCUCAGACACAAACAUAUCGCUGAGGUGUCCACGGAGGUGACACGCCAACUGAAGGACUUCUCUGCUAGCAAGAGGAUGAACACUGCUGGAGAAAAGACCACCAUGAGGGACCUCUCUCAGAUGCUGAAGAAGAUGCCCCAGUACCAGAAGGAGCUGAGCAAGUACUCCACUCACCUGCAGCUGGCUGAGGACUGCAUGAAGCACUACCAGGGCACAGUGGACAAGUUGUGUCGUGUGGAGCAGGACUUGGCCAUGGGUACAGACGCUGAAGGGGAGAAGAUCAAGGACCCCAUGAGGGCCAUCGUGCCCAUCCUGCUGGACGCCAACGUCACCACCCACGACAAGAUCCGCAUCAUCCUCCUCUACAUCUUCCUCAAGAACGGCAUUACAGAGGAGAACCUGAACAAGCUCAUCCAGCAUGCCCAGAUCCCUCCCGAGGACAGUGAGAUCAUCACCAACAUGGCCCACCUGGGUGUGCCCAUCAUCACAGACUCCACCCUCCGCAGGGGGAAGAAGCUGGACAGGAAGGAACGUGUGAGUGAGCAGACCUAUCAGCUGUCACGCUGGACACCACUGGUCAAGGACAUCAUGGAGGAUGUGAUUGAAGAUAAGCUGGACACCAAGCACUACCCUUACAUAUCUACCCGCUCCUCUGCCUCCUUCAGCAGCACUGCAGUCAGUGCCCGGUAUGGCCAAUGGCACAAGAAUAAGACCCCAGGCGAGUACCGCACCGGGCCGCGCGUCAUGGUCUUCAUCAUCGGAGGCGCGUCCUUCAGCGAGAUGCGCUCUGCCUACGAGGUCACGCAGGCCAACGGGAAGUGGGAGGCCAUCAUUGGAUCGACCCACGUCUUCACCCCCACCGCCCUCCUGGAACAGCUCAAGACCAUGAACAAACCAGACGAGGAACCGGCGAGCUAAAAUCGCCCAGCCCCAUCCAUCUCCUUCCAGUCUUCUCACCUUAACCUCCCCCCAGUCACCUUCCCCAGAUCCUACCUUCAUUCUGUAUGUAUCUUGCUUGAGCAAAAAAAAUUACUACAAACAAAAACAAUGAUAGCAUUAAUGAACAAAAUAAAUGUUUAAACAGAUCUAAAUCAUGUUACAAGUAUUCUCAUAUUUUACAAUGGAUGCAAAUAACGGAAAGUAUUUAAAAUAAAAAAAAGUUUAAAUAUCAACUAAGGCCAUUUGAAACUGAAAGUACCAAAUGUAAUAUCGUAUGCUAUGAAACCUGCUAGAAAGUGUAACAGGUAGAGGUUUUCUCUGUUUGUUCCCCUCAGUUUAUCUUCUUGGUGUGAUUUUUAUUGAUAGUGGGUAGAGGAGGGAUGCCUUACUAUAGUUGGUUGGCACUAGGUUAAGUUAAUGCAGUAAAAUCAUAUCACUCAACAUGCAACAUAACUCAUCCCUGUCCUAUCAGGGGGUAGAAUCCUAGCUGGUCAAGAUGUUUGUGUCAGUAGCAUGCCUGAACAUUGUCCGUACUGUUACUGUAUAUCCUUUAGUGUGGCAAUACCGUAACCAAGCAACUCGAGAAAUCAUUCAAUCACAGUUCUGUCUUGUGAGUAAGACAGUGACAAAACAGCUAGACUGACCCAAGGUCUGAGGAUAGAGAGAAACGGGGCUGUGUAAAUAGCUACAGAAUGCUAGAAGCAUCCCUCCUCCAGCCAUAAGACUGUAUUUACUCGCCACAUCCUUUUCCUUUUUCUCUGGAGAGAUUUUACGUUUUAGUGUCAAAAAGGCCAUUGCUUGCAGAUGUUUACAGAAUAAUCAUGAAGGGCCGCUUGUAUUUCAGUAUUGUAUCCUGUCACAUUAUACACUGAGUGCACAAAACAUUAGGAACACCUUCCUAAUUUUGAGUUGCACCCCUUUUGCCCUCAGAACCGAUUCAAUUUGUCAGGGCAUGGACU